UCUUCGCUGACGUCAUAGGAACGUAUGAGGUGAAAUGACAAACACAUGCAUUCCCGAGGCAUUUUUUACUGUAUAAAACACGAAGCGUAGGUUUAUUAUUCACCGUGGCGUAGGUUAAUGAAGUACAGUCGCACCGAUGACAGCGGAUUUUCGUGCUUACUAUUACAGUGAAUAUCAUAAUCAAAUCUCAAUGGCUCACGAAUUCAGCUUUGAUUUAAACGAAUUGAAUAGCAGCACCUUAUGCAAACCCUUCAUAUCGGUAAAGGACUUGAUCGCUGGGGAUAAACACAAAGUGCUUAAGAUGGACUACAUAUCAACCAAGUAUGAAGAGAGGGUGAUGGUCGAAACCGAAUCUUUCAAGUGUGUACUGCCAGAGCGGUACUAUAAAUUUUUCCAAAGCGAUUAUCGUAUGGCCAAAUUCAACGAUCAAUUGAAAACAACGGACAUACAUCUAUCCAGCUUAGGCUCAGCGGGAAAAACAACAAAUCUUCAAUUUGUAUAAAUUUACAUGACCAAUUGUAAACUAAGUCCCUAUAUCUACUAUAAUACUGUCUAUAUAACAAUCAGACAUACUAACAAUAUUUAUACAAAUCCUUUCGUAUAAGUUUAAGUAAUUAAAACUAACAUCUACAAAAUAACUAUUAUUAAACAACUCAAUAUCUAUAUCAUCCUUAACUUUAUUUAAACUACCUAUUAGAAUAUCUACAAGUUCUUGACUGGAAAUUAAAUA